GAAGCAAAACGCAAGAAAGGGGAAGAGAAGGAAGGAAGUGGAGAAAUGGACAUGGACUGUUGACCUAAUGCUGACCCAGUAGGGAGGAAUCAAGACGUAUCACGUGCCUGCAUGGAAUGCCACCAGACCAUGAUCCCAGCAUUCUGCCUCCUCUGACGUGUUUAUGUCCUGGAAAUUCUUGAGGCUCUCAUCCUGGCCCUAAAACUAAAAGGUUUUCAAACACAGAAACCAUAAAUGAAACAGCAGCAAAGUAGGAAACCAGGACACAGCCCCUACCAUUAGCUGGCAUGGUGCACAUUUGACAUGAGCUGGUCACAAAAUUAUGACUUCCACAAGAUGCCUCUGGGCCUGAGGCAGUGCAGGACUGCUAUAAAAGGCAGCCCAAGUCUCUGUGCUCUCAUCCACUUCUCUCACCUCCUCCUCCUCAGGAAUCAGGUGCUCCUGUGACCCCGAGCCAUGUCCUGCAACCCUUGCUGCCAGCCCUGUGGCCCCUGCCCGCUGGCCAACAGCUGCAAUGAGUGCUGUGUCAGGCAGUGCCAGAGCUCCCACGUGGCCAUUGAGCCGCCUGUUGUGCUGGUGACCCUGCCUGGCCCCAUCCUCAGCUCCUUCCCACAGAACACUGCCGUGGGAUCCUCCACCUCUGCUGCCAUUGGCAACAUCCUCAGCUGUGGUGGAGUGCCCAUCAGCUCCGGGGGCUUUGACCUCUCCUGCAUCACCAGCUGCUAUGGUGGCAGCAGAUGCCGUCCCUGCUAAA